ACCGGUGGCAUCACACGUCUAGAAUACGAAUUUUGUUUUUCUGAUUUUAUUAAUAUUACCCAUUGUGAAAGGAUAUUUUGGGACUCUUUGAUAUAAGGUCAGUUCGACGCUUGGAGGCGCAGUGUGUACAACGCGCGUAAACAUGAUAACUAUCGCGGUCGUAGUGAUACUUGCGGUCACUUUUUAUAUUUACAAUGUGAGGAAUUUCGAUUAUUGGAAGAAAAGAGGAAUCAAGCAUGACAAGCCAGUGUUUCUAUUCGGAACUAAUGCUAGGAAUAUUCUUAUGAAGAAGAGCCGAAGCGAAUUGGCUGAAGAGCUGUACUUCAAAUACCCCAACGAGAAAGUCGUUGGAUUCUACAGGUCUUCGAUGCCGGAAUUGUUAAUAAGAGACCCAGAAAUAAUGAAGAAGAUUCUGAUUUCUGAUUUUACUAGUUUCUACGCACGUGGAUUCCAUCCGUACAAGCAAAAAGUUGAACCCUUGAUGAAAAAUUUGUUCUUCGCUGAGGGGGAUUUAUGGAAAAUGUUGAGGCUAAGAAUGACACCCGCCUUCACUAGUGGCAAACUUAAAGCUAUGUUUCCACUUAUUGUCGAACGAGCUGAAAAUCUUCAACAGAGAGCAUUGAAUUUGGCUAAAAAAAACAUCCCUAUAGAUGCGCGUGAUUUAAUGGCUCGGUUCACGACUGAUUUCAUAGGUUCUUGUGGUUUUGGACUUGAUAGUGAUUCCAUUAACGAUGACGACAGUGAAUUUAGGAGACUAGGCAGGGAUGCCUUCAAUCCUCCCCUGACAACAGUAAUUCGUGGAAUCUUGAAAAUGCUAUUUCCUACGAUUUGUAAGGACUUACAAUUCUUCGGGCACGUUGAAAAACGCAGUUUCGAUCUUGUUAAUAAGAUUCAAGCUAGCAGGAAUUAUAAGCCGAUAGGGCGAAAUGAUUUCAUCGACCAGAUGUUAGAGUAUAAACAAAGAGGUCCCAUCGAAAUCGAAUCAAUUGAGAAAGUUCAAUCUAAUGGCAAGGCUGAAAGAUUGUCAUUUGAACUAACUAACGAAUUGAUUGUGGCUCAAGUUAUGGUGUUCUUUGGUGCGGGCUUCGAAACGUCGUCAUCUGCUACUAGUUACACCCUCCAUGAACUGGCAUACAACCCAGAGAUCCAAAAGAAAGUGCAAAAUGAAGUAGACGAGGUUCUGCGAAGGCAUGACAAUAAACUAAGUUACGACGCCGUAAAAGAGAUGACAUAUUUGGAAUGGACAUUUAAAGAGGGGAUGCGAAAGUUUCCUUCACUUGGUUAUUUGAUGAGAGAAUGUACUCGUAAAUACACAUUUGAAGAUUUGAACUUCAGUGUUGAUGAAGGUGUCAAAAUCAUGAUAUCUGUGGCAGGAUUACAUAAUGAUCCCAAAUAUUGGCACAACCCAGAAGAAUUCCGUCCAGAAAGAUUUGGUCCAGAAGAAUUCACGAGUGUUCAAAAAGAUGUGUACCAAGCAUUCGGUGAUGGUCCUCGUGUUUGUAUUGGUGCGCGUCUUGGUCUCAUGCAGUCCUUGGCCGGCUUAGCCGCCCUGUUGUCGAAGUUUACCGUCAAACCAGCACCUCAGUCCAUCAGAAAACCACCAGUUGUGCCGACUUCGGAUCUCGUGCAAAACAUUGAUGGACUACCUUUGAUAUUUAUUGAAAGACAGUGAACAACUCGAGUAACGACUGACUUUAUCACAACCAUUAAGGCUGCAAAGAGCCUCGCUUAGAAACCAAUUAGGGUAUAGAUAAUUUUCUUGAAUGCGUCAAGAUUCUGAUCAUUAUAGUAAAGGCCGGUUCACAAUAUUCCAGUGGCAUUCCAGUCCAGUGAUUGAAUCCAGCGCUGAAACGCUACUGGAAUAAUGUUUACCGACACAGGCAUGUUCCCAUCCCAGUGGGUAAUCCAGUCUAGUGACUAGAUUCGAUCUACUUUUUAAAUCAGCUUAAUUCCAGCGCCAUUGCAAUAGUUUAGCAGUGAACAUUUUCGAACUGCUGUUUUGUAACCACACUCAGUAUAGUCUUACCAUUUCAUAAAUUUUUAAAAGACCAGAAUAAUGUGUAUGAUAUAAUCCAGUUCAGGAGCUCUACUCUCUUUCUCCGAAACGAAAUUCGCACGAAAUUUCGCCAGAGACUACUCUAUUUUAUUUUCAAACACGCACA